AUGGGUGAAGAGCAUUUAGCCAUUGUCCCUUCUGAUAGAGCUGUUGAACAGGCAAUAAUUGCACUGAAGAAAGGCACCUUAUUGAAGUACGGUAGAAGAGGGAAGCCCAAAUUCUGCCCUCUCAGGUUAUCUGCGGAUGAAAAGUUUUUGAUUUGGUACUCUGGUGAGAAGGAAAACCAACUGAGCUUAAGCGCAGUCACAGAUAUCAUCCGUGGCCAAAACACUGUAAAUCAACAGAAACAACUUAAGGCAGAGAUGGAUAGUCAAUGCAUUUCUCUAAUAUAUGGAAAUGAUGACCAUUCUCUUGAUCUGAUAUGCAAGGACAAAGUUCAGGCUGCGACAUGGUUUCUAGGAUUGAGAGCUGUAAUAUCACGGAGUAGACAUGGACUGGUGGAACAUAUGAAAAGCAAAAGAGGAGUACAAAGUUGCAUCAGUAGUCCAGUAGGUUAUUUGCGGAGGAAACAUAAUCUGAAGAAAAGCAGAUUUUCUCAGGUUCGCAGCUUCUCAAGGAGUCCAACUCAAUCAUUUUCAGAUAAGUGCUAUACUGAUGGCUUAUCAUGUUCCUCUGAUAUCUUUCUUCCUCUAUCAAGUGUGCACAACGGAAUGGAUGAUGUUAUCGCAAAUUCUUCAUCAGAUGAUUUAAGACGGAAAAGAGCAACUUGUGAUGACACUACUAUCCAAUAUGUUUUGAGGGAUGUUUUUAUUUGGGGAGAAGGAGCAGAAGGAGGAGGAUGCUUUGGUGAUGCAGGGGAAGUAAAGAUGGAUGCUUUAUUACCCAAACUUAUGGAGUCAACUACGACGCUUGAUGUACAAACAAUAUCAUUUGGGAGUAGUCAUGCUGCCUUAGUCACCAAACAAGGUGAAGUUUUUUGCUGGGGUGAAGGAAAGAAUGGAAGGCUUGGGCAUAAAGUUGAUAUGGACAUUUCAUGUCCAAAAAUCGUCGACUCCCUUAACGGGGUUCAUGUAAAAUCUGUCAGUUGUGGUGACUACCAUACAUGUGCCUUGACAACUUCAGGUGAAUUAUAUACAUGGGGUGACAAUUUAGUUGUUGAAAAAAAGACCAGAAGCUAUUGGCUUCCAAACAGAGUUUGUGGUUCUUUGGAUGGUGUGAAAAUAUCUUACGUCGCUUGUGGAGUAUGGCACACAGGAAUUGUGUCAACAUUUGGACAACUUUUUACUUAUGGAGAUGGAACUUUUGGUGUUCUUGGUCAUGGAAAUCUCAAAAGUAUGGCUCACCCGAAAGAAGUUGAGUCCCUUAGAGGUUUGUGUGUGAAAUCUGUUGCUUGUGGACUGAGGCAUACAGCUGCAUUAGUCGAAAUAUCUGUCCAUGAUCACCUUAAAUCCAAUCAUUGCAGUGUGAAGCUUUUUACAUGGGGUGAUGGGGAUAACGGAAACCUUGGUCAUUCUGAUAAUGAGAUGAAGCUUUUACCAACCCUUGUAGCUCAACUUGAGGAUCGCGAUUUCAUUCAAGUUACCUGUGCAAACACCUUAACGGUUGGGCUGUCAAACACGGGAGAGGUUUACACAAUGGGAAGUUUGGUGGAUAGGCAGGCCAAAGAUAAAUCACUAGUCGCGGUGCAAGAGAAACUUAAAGACAAGUUUGUUACACAGAUUUCCUCAGGAUCUAAUCAUGUUGCUGUUGUUACAUCUAAGGGAAAUGUGUACACAUGGGGUAAAGGUUCACACGGACAGUUGGGACUAGGCGAUAAGAAGAAUAGAAAUUUCCCAACUUUAGUUGAGGCUCUUAGAGACAGGCAAGUGGAACAUAUUGCUUGUGGAUCAAAUUCAACAGCAGCAAUAUGUUUGCAUAAAUCCAUAUCAAGUAGUGAUCAAUCAGUUUGCAGGGGAUGUAGCACGACUUUUGGGAUUAUUACAAGAAAGAAGCAUAAUUGUUACAAUUGUGGUCAUUUAUUUUGCCAUGCAUGCUGCAGAAAGAAAACCACAAAUGUAUCCCUAAGUUCAGACAAAACUAAAGCUUUUCGAGUAUGUGAUCCAUGUUUCUGCCAACUUCGUAGAGCAUCCAAGCAUAGCAGCCAGAGACAAGAAGCUAUUGAUAACUCAGAAGAGUCAAAUAGUAUAUCAAGUCGAAUGAUGUCAACAAGAAAGUAUUCAAGUGAGAACAAUCCAUGCUUAGAUCCCAUUGAAUCUUUGUUGGAUGAUUUUCCAAGAUGGGGACAAGUUCCUUGUCCUGAAUUCCUCAGAAGAGGACACACAAGAAAUGAACACGCUUCCCCAACCGCCCUAAUUAUGCACCAAAAAUUCUCAGAAUCAAAUAAGUUCCUCCUUCAACAAGUUUCAAACCUAAGGACUCAGCUUCAGACAAUGUCAGAAGGUCAUUAUUUUGCUACUAAGAAUGAGUGUAUGGAAGAUGGAAAAGUUGAUAGACUAUUGGUUUCUCCAAUUGUAUUUUCCAGUAAGUUAAAAUCAUCAUAUAACAAAAAACAAAACUAUGUUAAUGAUGAUUUGGAAGUGGAAUGGGUGGAAGAGUACAAACGUGGUGUCUUCAUCACUUUCACAAUAUUAUCUACUGGGAAAAAGGGAAUCAAGCAAGUCAACUUCAGUAACGAAAAUUUCAGUGCGAAGGUAGCAAAAAAGUGGUGGGAAAAGAACAAGCUAUUGGUCUAUAGAAAAUAUGAUGUUGAAGAAUAUACGAAUGUGAACCAAGAUGUAUGA